CGGGGCGGGCGGGCGCCCGCGAUGUGCCACUCGGCGCCUCCCCCGCCGGGCCCGGGCUGCGCGGCUGCCGGGCGGCGCUGGUAGCGGGGCGCGCGGCGCCGAGGGGGCCAGCCCGGCGCGCGCGGGGCUCAUUGUUGGGGGGGGCCCGUCGGGGCAUGAGGGCGAGAGCACCGCGGGGGGGGCGGCCAGACAGAGCGAGCGAGGAGGAGGAGGAGGAGGAGGGGGAGGAGGAGGAGGAGGAGGAGGACGCCGAGGAGGAGGAGGAAGGAGGAGGCAAAGAAAAGAAGCGGCGGCGGCGGCGGAGGAGGGAGCGAGGAGGCGCGCGGCCCCCCGCUCCCUCCCUCCCCCCUGACCCCCGACCCCCGCCGGCCGGCCCCCCGCCCCAGCCCCGGAGGGAGCUCAUGGGAGUAUGAAGGAGAUGGUAGGAGGCUGCUGCGUAUGUUCGGACGAGAGGGGCUGGGCCGAGAACCCGCUGGUCUACUGUGAUGGGCACGCGUGCAGCGUGGCUGUCCACCAAGCUUGCUAUGGCAUCGUCCAGGUGCCCACGGGACCCUGGUUCUGCAGGAAAUGUGAAUCUCAGGAGCGUGCGGCCAGGGUGAGGUGUGAGCUGUGCCCACACAAAGACGGGGCAUUGAAGAGGACUGACAAUGGAGGCUGGGCCCACGUGGUGUGUGCCCUCUACAUCCCCGAGGUGCAGUUUGCCAACGUGCUUACCAUGGAACCCAUCGUGCUGCAGUACGUGCCUCAUGAUCGCUUCAACAAGACAUGUUACAUCUGUGAGGAGCAGGGCCGGGAGAGCAAGGCCGCCUCAGGAGCCUGCAUGACCUGUAACCGCCACGGAUGUCGGCAAGCUUUCCAUGUCACCUGUGCCCAAAUGGCAGGCCUGCUGUGUGAGGAAGAAGUGCUAGAGGUUGACAACGUCAAGUACUGCGGCUACUGCAAAUACCACUUCAGCAAGAUGAAGACAUCCCGGCACUCUAGCGGCACGGGCGGCGGUGGCGGCAGUGGCUUCAUUACUGGCCGGAGAAGCCGCUCAGCUUCUCCGUCCACCCAGCAGGAGAAGCACCUUUCCCACCACGAGAGGGGCCAGAAGAAGAGUCGAAAGGACAAAGAACGCCUUAAACAGAAGCACAAGAAGCGGCCUGAGUCUCCCCCUAGCACCCUCACCCCACCCGUGGUCCCCACUGCUGACAAGGUCCCCUCGGCUUCUGCUUCCUCCCACCACGAAGCCAGCACUCAGGACACCUCGGAGAACAGCCGGGACCCCAAGGGGAAAAAGUCUUCCAGCCACGGCCUGAGCCACAAGGGCAAGAAACUGAGCAGUGGGAAAGGCACCAGCGGGUUCACUUCCGCAUCCGCAUCCUCUUCCUCCUCCUCCUCCUCCUCCUCCUCCUCCUCCUCCUCGUCCUCCUCCUCCUCUUCUGGGGGACCCUUUCAGCCUGCAGGCUCCUCCGUGCAGAGCUCCCCCGACUUCUCUGCACUCCCCAAGCUGGAGCAGCCGGAAGAAGACAAGUACUCCAAGCCCGCAGCCCCCUCCCCGCCGGGCCCCCCCUCGCCCCCCGCCCCCGAGCCCCACAAGGCUGACCUCUUUGAGCAGAAGGUGGUCUUCUCUGGCUUUGGGCCCAUCAUGCGCUUCUCCACCACCCCCUCUGGCUCUGCCCGGGCCCGGGCCCCCUCCCCUGGGGACUAUAAGUCUCCCCAUGUCUCGGGGUCCGGGGCCUCCGCAGGCACCCAUAAGCGAAUGCCCACCCUGAGUGCUGCCUCUGUGCCUACUGAGGAGCCCCCCGAGACAGGCCUGAAGGAGAAGAAGCACAAAGCCAGCAAGAGGAGCAGACACGGGCCAGGCCGCCCCAAGGGCAGCCGGAACAAGGAGGGUGCGGGGGCCACAGCGGCCCCCUCACUGCCUGCGGCCCAGCUGGCGGGCUUCACUGCCACGGCUGCCUCCCCCUUCUCCGGAGGGUCCCUGGUCAGCUCCGGCCUGGGUGGUCUGGCCUCCCGUACCUUUGGGCCUGCCGGGAGCCUGCCCAGCCUGAGCCUGGAGUCCCCCUUGCUGGGGGCAGGCAUCUACACCAGUAAUAAGGACCCAAUCUCCCACGGCGGCGCCAUGCUUCGGGCUGUCUGCAGCACCCCCCUCUCCUCCAGCCUGCUGGGCCCCCCAGGGACCUCGGCCCUGCCCUGCCUCAGCCGCUCCCCAUUCACCAGCACCCUCCCCUCCUCCUCUGCUUCUAUUUCCACCACUCAGGUGUUUUCUCUGGCUGGCUCCACCUUUAGCCUCCCUUCUACCCACAUCUUUGGAACCCCCAUGGGUGCCAUUAAUCCCCUCCUCACCCAAGCCGAGAGCAGCCACACAGAGCCAGAUCUGGAGGACUGCAGCUUCCGGUGUCGGGGGACCUCCCCCCAGGAGAGUCUGUCUUCCAUGUCCCCCAUCAGCAGCCUCCCGGCGCUCUUCGACCAGACGGCUUCUGCUCCGUGUGGGGCCAGCCAGCUGGACCCUGCGGCCCCCGGGACCACGAACAUGGAGCAGCUCCUGGAGAAGCAGGGUGACGGCGAGGCCGGUGUCAACAUAGUGGAGAUGUUGAAGGCGCUGCACGCGCUGCAGAAGGAAAACCAGCGGCUCCAGGAGCAGAUUUUGAGUCUGACGGCCAAGAAAGAACGACUGCAGAUUCUCAACGUGCAGCUCUCUGUGCCCUUCCCCGCCCUGCCUGCCGCCAUUCCGGCCACCAACGGCCCCGUCCCUGCACCCUAUGGCCUGCCUCCCCAAGCCGGCAGCAGCGAUUCCGUGAGCACCAGCAAGAGCCCCCCAGGGAAGAACAGCCUCGGCCUGGACAACUCGCUGUCCACGUCUUCCGAGGACCCGCACUCAGGCUGCCCGAGCCGCAGCAGCUCGUCGCUGUCCUUCCACAGCACGCCCCCACCGCUGCCCCUGCUCCAGCAGAGCCUGCCCGGGGCCCCGCUCCCGCCGCAGAAUGGGUUGGGCCGGGCAUCCGGCCGGGCACCCGGGGCCGCGGGGCUGGGGGCGCUGCCCAUGGCUGAGGGGCUGUUGGGGGGGCUGGCGGGCAGCGGGGCCCUGCCCCUCAAUGGGCUUCUGGGGGGGUUGAAUGGGGCCGCUGCCCCCAACCCUGCAGGCUUGAGCCAGGCUGGCGGGGCCCCCACGCUGCAGCUGCCAGGUUGUCUCAACAGCCUCAGCGAGCAGCAGAGACAGCUCCUGCAGCAGCACGAGCAGCUCCAGCAGCUGCAGCAGCUCCUCGCCUCGCCGCAGCUCACCCCGGAGCACCAGACCGUGGUCUACCAGAUGAUCCAGCAGAUCCAGCAGCAGAAGCGGGAGCUGCAGCGACUGCAGAUGGCCGGGGGCUCCCAGCUGCCCAUGGCCAGCCUGCUGGCAGGAAGCUCCACCCCGCUGCUGUCUGCGGGCACCCCUGGCCUGCUGCCCACGGCAUCGGCUCCACCCCUGCUGCCCGCCGGGGCGCUGGUGGCCCCUUCGCUCAGCAACAACACAAGUCUCAUGGCCGCGGCAGCUGCGGCCGCAGCGGUGGCAGCCGCGGGCGGACCUCCGGUCCUCACUGCCCAGACCAAUCCCUUCCUCAGCCUGUCGGGGGCGGACGGCAGUGGCAGUGGCCCCAAAGGAGGGACCGCUGACAAAGGAGUGUCGGCCAACCAGGAGAAAGGCUAAGCCCUCACCUCCCGACUCCCCGAUGGAGGAGACGCGUCCUGGCCUGAGGUGGCCCAGCUCGGAGCAGGCCCGCGCCCAGACACUGGAGAGCCUGGGGCACGUGGGGCGCUCCUAGUCCCGAGGACAGACGGAGAGGAGAGCGCCUGCCCCUGCUGGCCCUUCCGCGAGGGGCUAAGAGGGAGGACAGGCUGCAAGCCCACCCCAGGCGCACCCGUGCUCAAAAAUGUUUCGAGGUCCCCAGAGAGCAGUGGGCCAAGGCGUAAGUGGGGGGGGUUGGUCGGACCCGCCGCACAAAAUGGAUCAGCACUUGCAUGGGAAGGAGUGGGGGGCCGGCAAGCCGGGGAGACGGGGGCCUCCUUCACGGUCGUUCCUCCCCAGCCUGGGCUGAGGGCAGCAGGGAGACCCCCUCCCCCCGCCCUCCAACCAGGGUCACAAGCUGAGCUUGUGGGAAACCCUCCCAUGAGGGUCCCGAGGAAGGGCAGGUUGGUCAGUCCCGCCUCCGGGGGGCCCCUCGUGCGCUGCCCCUUGUUUGCACUAUUGGGUUUAGGAGUGCCGAGAGGGUGGAGAGAUGGAGCUGCCUGACUCAGCAAGCGUGUGCGUCUGUGUGUCUGUGUCGGUGUGUGUCUGUGUGUCCCUGGGUCAAGGGCCGCUGAAGGCAGGGAUGGGAGCCAAGCCCAGACCCGGCAGCGGCCGAGGUGGGGAGCCCUCAGCUCUUGUUCGCCCUCUCCCCACCUCACCAAACUGGUCCCUUCCCGGGGCAUGACUGGUCAAGAGAAACCAGGGCAGACCCCCAGUCUGGGAGAGAAGCAGGGCUGGGGGCUUCCAAUCAGGGUAAUUGCCUCCCCUCCACUACCGGGUCACCUGCUGCGCCGCCCCCCCCCCCCCGGGGCUGUCCUGUCCUUCCUCACACUGGGAGUGGCUUCCCUGGCACCGGGGAGCUCCAGAGGUUGGGGGGCUGGGGUGGAGGUGGGGGGUAAAGUGCCACUUUCUCUAGUGUAAAGGUCCCUCCCACAUCCCUUCACCCUUGCUCACCCGGGAGGAUUGAAGCUUCACCUGGCUGUCCCUUCACCCACCAGCUAUAACUCACUCACCCCCAAAGCUCACACCUGAGUUGGCACCUGGCCACAGUCAUUAGUGACAAAGGCUUUGGGGUGGGGAGAGGGCAGACGGCCUGUGUGUGUGUGGGGGGGGCGUGCACCGGGCACUGGGCAGUGGGACUGGGUGGGCAGGCGGGUGCUUUUCCGGCUUCCCCUGAUGCUCUUGUCUUGUUUGUCUCUGCAUGUGUGGAUUUCCUGUGUGUGUGUGUGUGUGUGUGUGUGUGUGUGUGUGUGUGUGUGCGCGUGCGCGAGUGUGUGUUUCUGUUUGGGUUUUUGUUGUGGGUUUUUGUUUUCUUACUUUUUUUUUUAAAUAAAGAAAAGAAGAUGUGUCUAUUUUUGGCAACGACAGAAACGUAGUGCAGAUAUAUUUUUGCCUGUGCUGCUCAACUGGUUUUUUUCUGAUACUGAAAAUAAUAUUAAUAUUCCUGUUGAUAAGACUUUGUAAGACAGAUGGGAGCUGAUUGUGCCGGGGGGAGGGGGGGUUCCUGCAGAAGCAAUUUCUUAGGCACGUGCAAGGGCUGUGGGGGGAGGGGGGCAGUUGUGAUGACCUCAGACAUACUUUUUAUUGAUGCUAAAUCUCAGUUAGGAAGAAAUGAUAGACUUCAGCAGCAUUUUCUGCAUCUUCUUCUCAAUGCUCUCUGACUCCCUGCCCCCGCCCCGCUACCACUGCGAAGGAUCUUUCCUUCCGGGAUGCUUAGAAGACUGCUCCUUGCCCAGGGCCGCCCACUUGGAACCAAAGUCAGCUCCCACUCUGGAUGGUGAGGGUGCCCUUCCCCCCCCAAGGGCGGGGUCGGGGAGAGGAUGAGGGCUCCAAAUGAUUUCGUGCACUGGAACCGAGCCCUCCACUGCCCCUCCCGCCCCACCCC